CAUCGCCAUCCCCCAAUUUGAAUACUAAAUUAAAAUUAAUUACCACCAAAUUAAGUUUCCAGAGAGAGAGAGAGAGCGUGCAAACACGACAUCUACUUAGCGGACCACGUUACAUUGAGGGGCCAUGGUCGGUUGGUAUUGCAUUUCCAUUCUUCCUUUUCUUCUCAUCUUUCUCCUCUCUUUCACUUGAUCAUCACAUAUAUUCAUAAUCCUCUCUCUGAUCACUGAUCUGAUCUCUCUCACUGAAAAAAUCAUUUCUUUGAUCUGAUGAGGAAGCUUUGUCCGAAUUUCGACCGAGAAGACGGUCUCGACACUGUCCUUGAGGUUCCCAUUCCUGAGGAGAUGUUCUCUUGCAACACUAACAAAACCCACGCGAUUUCAUGGCAAGCUAUGAAAUCGUGGGUGAAGUCCCAUAAUGAUCAUAAAUCGCACGUGAAUUCCAUGGCUGCACUUUUCGGCGGCCGGAACGCCGAGAUCCAGCUCCUCCUCGGCGUCGUCGGAGCUCCUUUAAUCCCUAUCCCUGUCCCUUUCGAUCACCGACCCAUUACCCGCAACAUCAAAGACAACCCCAUUGAGGCGUCGAUGGCGAAGUAUAUAGUGCAGCAAUAUGUGGCGGCGGUGGGAGGAGAGCAUGCGUUGAACUCGAUUGAGAGUAUGUAUGCGAUGGGGAAGGUGAAGAUGGUGGCGUCGGAAUUCUCGUCCGGCGAGGGGAGUUUGAACGGAAAGGUGUUAAAGGCGAAGAACGGGAAAGGCGGCGGCGGCGGAGAGAUGGGUGGGUUUGUGGUGUGGCAGAAACGGCCGGAGUUAUGGUGCUUGGAACUGAUGCUGUCCGGUUGUAAAAUCAGCGCCGGCAGCGAUGGGAAAGUGGCUUGGAGACAAACUCCAUGGCAUCAUUCUCAUGCUUCUCGUGGCCCUCCUCGUCCCCUCCGACGCUUCUUGCAGGGGCUUGAUCCGAAAUCGACGGCGACUCUGUUUUCGAAUUCCAGCUGCAUGGGCGAGAAAACAAUCAACGAUGAAGAUUGUUUCAUCCUAAAACUGGAAGCGGAAUCAACGGUGCUGAGAGCGAGAAGCAGUAGUAGCGUGGAGAUCAUCCGCCACACGGUUUGGGGAUACUUCAGCCAGAGAACCGGCCUCCUGGUCCAGCUCGAAGACUCGCAUCUCCUCCGAAUCAAGGCCGGUGGAUCCCGAAACGACAGUAUUUUCUGGGAAACGACAAUGGAAACCCUAAUUCAAGACUACAGAACGAUCGACGGCGUCAAUAUCGCACACGCCGGGAAAACGUCCGUUUCGCUCUUUCGAUUCGGCGAGAGCGCUGAAGGCCAUUCGAGAACGAAAAUGGAAGAGAUUUGGGAGAUCGAAGAAGUGGAUUUCAAUAUCAAGGGUUUGUCGAUGGACUUCUUUUUGCCUCCUAGCGAUCUGAAGAAGGAGGAAGAAGGAGUCGCCGUGAUUACGAGUAACGGAAAGUUUCCGUUGACGAUGCGAUGUACGGCUGCUGCUUCGAAGAUUUGUUCGUCGCGAGUGGCGGCCAUUGAUGUUGAUGAAAUAUCGGAGGGGAGCAGCAACCAGAGUGAUGAAGAUGAAGAUGAAGAUUCGUGAAGAGAACAUUUGAAAUCAAUUUUUGCAACUCUGUACAUAAUCCAUGGCUGAUACAUAUAUAUGAAGCAUGGACCUUUUACUAAUUACAAACGCCAGUAUUUUGGUUUUUGUUUUUCAAGAUCGUAACUGUACUCUGUAUCAUACAAUUCUCGCCGACUCGAAGUCUGGUGGAAGAAAUUACAAUGUAUUCAAAUCACAACUCAAGGGUUUGU